CUGUUCGCCGAGGAAAACGACGACGGCGAUCGAGCAACUGCUCCACCCCCCGCGCCCCCUCCUCGUCGUCGUCUUCUUCCUCCUCGCCUCUUCCUCGAUUCUCAUUCGUCGCAGAAGCUGGCCCCGUCCGAACCUUCUCCCCUCUCUCUCUCUCUCUAGGAGCUCGGUCAGGACAAGAAGCGUUAUCUCGGGGGGACGGCCGGGAACCACGAGCCUUGCCCCCUCGCGGGCGCUGUCGCCACGUGUCGUUGGAAACUUCCGCUGCCACCAGAUAGACCCAUCCUCUCCCUCUUUCACACAACCAAUUCGAUUUAUCCCCAUUAGUAUUCUAUAUUCGUCAUCGUUAUCAUCUCUCCUCGAAUAAAGCGCAUUCUGAGCUCGGCCUUACCUUGCACGAGGGGUUCUUAUAUACAGAGAAUACGUGUCCCAGUGAUUUCACAGAGAGAGAGAGAGAGAUGGACCACGCAGGCGAUGCGCACCGGACCGAUUUGAUGACCAUAACCCGGUUCGUGCUCAACGAGCAGUCCCGGCACCCGGAGUCCCGCGGCGAUUUCACCAUCCUCCUCAGUCACAUUGUUCUCGGAUGCAAGUUCGUCUGCUCUUGCGUUAACAAGGCAGGCCUUGCCAAAUUGAUCGGGCUUGCUGGAGAGACCAAUGUCCAGGGUGAAGAGCAGAAGAAGCUGGAUGUGCUUUCGAAUGAAGUAUUUGUAAAGGCAUUAGUCAGCAGUGGCCGCACAAGCAUUCUUGUGUCAGAGGAGGAUGAAGAGGCCACGUUUGUGGAGUCAGCCAAGCGUGGAAAGUAUUGUGUUGUUUUUGAUCCGCUGGAUGGAUCCUCUAACAUCGACUGUGGUGUUUCCAUUGGAACCAUCUUUGGGAUCUAUAUGAUCAAGCAUGCCAAUGAUCCAACUUUAGAGGAUGUGUUGCAACCUGGGAAAAACAUGCUGGCAGCUGGCUAUUGCAUGUAUGGCAGCUCUUGCACGCUUGUGCUAAGCACUGGAUGUGGUGUUAAUGGUUUUACCCUGGACCCAUCAUUGGGCGAAUUCAUCCUCACCCAUCCAGACAUCAAGAUUCCAAAGAAAGGGAAGAUCUACUCAGUGAAUGAGGGAAAUGCUAAAAACUGGGAUGGUCCAACUGCUAAGUAUGUUGAGAAAUGCAAGUUCCCAAAAGAUGGGUCAUCCUCAAAAUCUUUAAGAUAUAUUGGAAGCAUGGUAGCUGAUGUUCAUCGUACCUUACUAUAUGGAGGUGUCUUUUUGUACCCUGCUGAUAAGAAGAGUCCCAGUGGAAAACUGCGCGUUCUUUAUGAAGUCUUCCCGAUGUCCUUCUUGAUGGAACAAGCAGGAGGUCAGGCCUUUACUGGAAAGCAACGGGCACUUGACUUGAUCCCAACCAAGAUACAUGAGCGGUCUCCCAUAUUCCUCGGCAGCUACGACGACGUGGAGGAAAUCAAGGCACUCUACGCUGCUGAAGAGGACAAAAAAUAAAGCUGUAGUUUGCUCUUUUCUUGUGUUCGCAUCAGACAAGACCUUGUCCAACUACCAGGCUUGAUUGAUCGUGGGUUCACAAGAUUAGAACCCUCUAUAUUGUUUACUUUUAACCAGAUAUUGGAAUAAAUACUUUGUCAGCAACCUUUGUUGAUCUUUGAUAGGUAGAAAGUCUAAAUUACAGUGAUUUUCAAG